AUGGAGCGAAGGAAGCCUUACGCUCAAGUCAUAGACGGCAUCUCACGAAGUCCUAGCUUCUGCCCGGAGUUCAUGAGAGCAGCCUUGGAGUUCCGCGCACAGAAAGGCGACCUGCUGCUCACCACAUUCCCCAAAAGCGGCACACACUGGAUGCUGUACAUCACACAGUUGAUUCUUAAAAAAGGCGAACCUGUGAGCGGCUUGCAAGAGUUCACGCACAAUAUGCGCAUGCUAGGAAUUGUCCGAAUCGACGGCUGGAAGCCAAGUCUCCCAUUGCGCCUGUUCGCCACCCACUUGCCACUACGGAAAGACGCCAUGAACCAAGAUGCGAAGUACGUCUACGUGGCGAGGAAUGCGUGGGACGUGUGUGUCUCUGACUUCCACCAGGUUACCAGGUUCGACAUAUAUCGCUUCCGGGACGGAACGUUCGAGGAAUUCUUCGACGCAUUCUGGAGGGCGACUGCGCUGGCCAGGGAAGCUACUUUGAUCACGUGGCAUAGGCUUACGCUUUGA